AUGUCAGAAGACUGCCUUUAUUUGAACAUAUUUACGCCAUUGUCCAGCAAUUCAUUAUCUCCAAAUCUUCUACCAGUGAUGAUCCAUAUUCAUGGUGGUGAUUUUCAGUUUGGUGAUGCUUCACAAUCAAUCUAUGAAUCUGAACAUUUAGUUAAUACAACCAAUAUAAUAAUUGUAUUAGUCCAAUAUCGAUUAGGUGUACUUGGCUUCUUGACAACUGGAAAUGGUCCUAAUGAUCUUAAGGGUAACUAUGAAAUACUCGAUCAACGUCUAGCUAUUGCAUGGAUCAAAGAUAAUAUUGAUGCAUUUGGAGGAGAUCUAAACGAUAUUACAUUAUUUGGUCAAAGUGCUGGUGCUCAGUCUACUGCUCUACACUAUGUGACGAGUGAAAUGCAACCAUUCUUCCAGCGAGCUAUCAUCCAAAGUGCACCAAUGACAAUUCCAUUCAGAACAUAUUCUGAAUAUGUUAAACCUGGUGUUCUCCUUGCUGGACAGCUUCACUGUAUUAUUGGUGAUGUUGCAUGUUUUUUAACUUGUUCCAUGGACGAAAUUAUUGCUGCUCAAAAUGCUGUAAAUAGUAUGUGGGUGUGGGUGUGGGUGUGUGGGUGUGGGUGUGGGUGUGACGUGUGGGGUGUGGGGUGUGGGUGUGGGUGCGGGUGCGGAUGAAGUGAAGAUUGCCUCCCACACUCACCCACACCCACACCCGCACACACACCCACACUCACACCCACACCCACCCAUACCCACACCCACACCCACACCCACACCCACACCCACACCCACGCCCACACCCACACCCACACCCAACUUUCCUCGUCAUUAAAUAGAACGCGGCAUUUCUUUUUUUCCUUAUAGAUACUUUAUAAGAACGACAGGACACUAAAAUGAAAUGUUUAAAGACAAAAACAGAUGUCGUGCUCAAUACAACUUACAAAGAAGUAAAUGAUCAACUCUGACCAACUACAUGUUGUCAUGACGAAAAUGUGCGAGUUGAUGAAAACAUCAACUUGCCAUAACAACAUAGUUUUCAAGAGCAUUUGAAUAAAGAAAAUUUGGAAAACUACUUCUAAGACUUGAUAUAUUUUCGCGGUGUGAUAAUGAAAUAUAUGCAAACACUUCAUGAUGGAAGUAUUGCAAUAAAGUAUAGGAUUUAUGAACGGAGUUUGACGUAUGUUACUUUGUGUGGAACAUGGUUACCAUAUAAUAUCUUUCGUAUAAACGAUCAUUGAGUGAUGAUCAAAAUGAUCAUUCAGAAAUCGAGGUUCAAAUUUUCAUCUUGCUAUUGUAAUAAAAAGAAAAUUGAGAAACUGGUGUUGUAUGGAAAGACCUCCAUGAUCUAUAUUUAUGUUAAGUUGGUGAACUAUUUAAAUAGCGUAUUAAUUCGAAUUCAAUCACGUUGACUAGAUCUGUGUUUAAAACGAUAGCUGAUAUGAUUUAAGAUGAUGAUAAGUUUUCUUCCAUUCUUGCUGCUCUUCAAUAAGAUGGAGCUAUUUAUAUUAAUAUGAAACAAUUUAUUUGUUAUUUGAUUUAGGGGUGGCACAUUUACUUUUAGUUACUUUUGACGUCCUUUUUGGUGUUCAAUGGUUUUCACAAUAGUUUAAUACAUUUGAUCAAAUAUUUUAUUUGCUAAGUUGUAGAUUUUGACUUCAGCUAUAACUUUGCUCGCAACGUCAUUUUUUGAUAUUGUUCAUAAACUGAAUUAUGCACUGUACAAAAAGUAGUUACUUUUAAAAGUAACUACCGAAAAAAAGUAACUACUUU